GGGGCCGGCCGGGCCACCCCUCUCCUCCCCUCUCCUCUCUUCUCCUCUCCCCCCCCGCGUCUCCUGCCUCGGGCACCGCCGGCAGCCGCCGUCCGUCCGUCCGUCCUCAGCGGGCAUGGAGUGAGCGAGGAGCCGGGGGCUUUCCCGCCUGGGAGCUGAGGUUCAGAGGGGAAAACAACAACAGAAUGGAACAGUAUUUAUAGACCAUCCACAAACAGAAGGAAAGAGAAGACCUGCUGUUUAAAAAAAAAAAGAAAAAAAAAAAGUGCUGCAUAUACAGAUCCUCAAUCAGCGUGAAUGGCAUUAACAAAGGAUUCAUUUGAACGGAUUAAGUGGCUUAUCACAGCUGCCUGGUGGCUGCUGAUUGUUUUUUCAGCACAAGAAAUUGACGGGGGAGGAUAUGCAUAUAUUGAGCCAUGUGGGGGACAGGAUUGUUCAGUUUGUCGGUGCUUUCCAGAAAAAGGAUCAAGAGGUCAGCCUGGUGAGCUGGGAGCUCAAGGUCCGAUUGGGUCCUUGGGAUCUACAGGACCAGCUGGUCUGCCAGGGGAAAAAGGACGGAGAGGUGAGAAUGGGCAGCCUGGGCCAGCUGGAGAAAAAGGUGAUAAGGGCCCAACUGGAGUCCCAGGAUUUCCUGGUUUAGAUGGUGUUCCUGGAUUACCAGGAAGUGAAGGACCCAGGGGCAGGCGUGGUUUAGAUGGCUGCAAUGGUUCAAGAGGAGAUCCAGGAUUUCCAGGCGAAAAUGGUUAUAUUGGACCAAGAGGUCCUUAUGGAAAUCCAGGGCAAAAAGGAGAAAAAGGAAAUCCAGUGUAUGUUUCACAUUUUGGAAAAGGACCUCCAGGAGACAGAGGUGAUCCUGGACCCCCCGGCAUGCCCGGACCUAGAGGGUCAAGAGGUACAAUGGGCCCAUCUGGAUACCCAGGCCAACCAGGCUUGCCUGGUAUUCUAGGUUACCCUGGUUUGCCAGGUGAACAGGGAAAUCCAGGUAUUGGAGUGGACGGACAAAAGGGGGAGCCGGGCGACAUUGGACUUCCUGGGCCACCAGGGUCACCACUGUUAGUUGGACCUCCUGGAGCCCAGCUGUUCAAAGGAGAAAAGGGCCAAAAAGGACUACCUGGGGUAACAGGAUACAGAGGGCCACGUGGACCCAAAGGUGUACUUGGGAGAGGAGAAAAGGGUGAAAAAGGCAUUCCUGGAUUCCCUGGAUUGCGGGGUAAUCCUGGUUCUUAUGGACCUGCAGGUUUUCCUGGAAUGAAGGGGGAAACAGGAUUUGCUGGUUUUCCUGGACAACCUGGCUACCCAGGCAUACAGGGGGAUCCAGGAGAAGAAGGACCCCCAGGUCCUCCUGGCGCUGUUGGAACUCCGCUGCUUCCUGUAAAAGGUCCACAAGGAGAUCCUGGAUUUCCAGGUCCUGCUGGUGAUACGGGGUCAGUUGGACCAAUUGGACCUGCAGGCCUGCUAGGAAGACCAGGAGAUGAUGGAACAAGUCUGCCUGGCCUCCCAGGAGUAAGUGGGGCACCAGGACCUCAAGGUUUUCAAGGUGACCCUGGUUUCCCUGGAACAGGUGAAUCAAUCCCAGGAAGACCUGGAUUUCCUGGACCACCAGGCCUACCAGGACAUCCAGGAAGACAAGGCUUACCUGGACUACCCAGCAUAAUCUGUACUGACAGAGGGAUCCCUGGAGAACCUGGAGUAAAAGGUCAGAUAGGCCUUCCAGGAAGAAAAGGUGAAAAAGGAGAAAAGGGAGAUCAAGGCCUCUGCUCAUGUAGUGCUGGUCCUCCUGGUCCCCGUGGUAUGCAAGGACCUCCAGGUACUCAAGGAAAGAAAGGACAAAUGGGAUACCCUGGAAGACAUGGAGAAAAGGGCGACACAGGCUUAUCUGGUGCAGUGGGAUCACCAGGACUCCCUGGGACACCUGGUUCUGCUGGACAACAUGGUGAAAAAGGAGAGAAGGGUGAUCCAGGAAGAGUUAGAAUAAAAGGAAUAAAAGGUGAAAGAGGUCCUACUGGGGUUCCAGGAUUUCCAGGCCAAAGAGGUAAUGAUGGCAGAGAUGGGGAACUAGGAUUGCCUGGGGAAAAAGGAGCCGAGGGCGAUUCUGGAGUACCACUGCCGGGUGAUAAAGGAUUCCCUGGGGUCCCAGGACUUCCUGGGGUAAAAGGACAGAUGGGAUUGCCUGGUUUGGGGUUUCCCGGCCCUCCAGGAGUCAGAGGUAGCCCUGGGGACUUUGGGGAUACUGGUAGCAUUGGGCUACCUGGUCCAAAGGGCCAGAAAGGUGAGACUGUCUGCAUUACGUUAUCAUACCCUGGAAAUCCAGGUCCCCCAGGUUUUAAAGGUGUUCAAGGACCAAAGGGUUUAAAAGGACUUCCCGGUCAUCCUGGACCAAAUGGCUUUGAUGGGCAAAAAGGCCAUCGAGGCAGGCCAGGAGCAGGAAUCCCUGGGCCAGAAGGCUUUCGAGGCGAAGCUGGUGAUCCUGGUGAUGAAGGUGAAAGAGGAUCUACAGCUGAUGGUAAAAAUGGCCCUCCAGGUCCACCUGGCAUAGAUGGUCAGAAAGGUGUUCCAGGUGAUACCACAUAUGGUCCUCCAGGAAUCCCAGGCAACAGGGGACUGCCAGGACCCCCUGGUGCACAAGGAGCAAGGGGUGAUCCAGGCAUUCCUGGGCUUCAAGGACCGCCUGGUACUCCAGGAUUUCCAGGUGCCAAAGGUUUUAGAGGCCCAGAAGGUGAUAUAGGAGCACCAGGCUGUCCAGGCUUCCCUGGUCCGCCAUGUGACACAGGCUUACCAGGGCCACCAGGACUCAGAGGUGUCAUGGGCCUGCCAGGACCUCAAGGCUUACCAGGCUUUAAAGGUCAGAUUGGAGACAGGGGCCUAGCUGGGCCACCUGGAAUCAAAGGUCUCAAAGGCUCUCCUGGCUCACGAGGUCCCCCAGGUCCUCCAGGCUCCCGAGGACUUCCAGGACUUCCAGGCAAUAUAGGACCCCCUGGUUUCCCAGGACAAACAGGAAGCAAAGGGAUUCAAGGACCCCAAGGACUCCCAGGACUCCCAGGAACACAAGGCCCAAUGGGAAUCUCUGGUGUAAAAGGUGAAGAAGGAAAAAUGGGUCCACCUGGGCCUACUGGAGAAUGUGGGGAUAUGGGAAUAAAAGGUGAAAGAGGACCUCCAGGAGACAGUGGCGGCGUUAAUAUCCGUCUUGAGAAAGGACAAAAGGGAGAACCAGGGUUUCCUGGUGAGAACGGAUUUAGAGGUGAAAGAGGUGAAAAAGGUAAUACUGGUUUCAGAGGCAACCCAGGAUUUCCCGGGAAGAAUGGUGUCCCAGGACUGCCAGGUGACCAUGGUGACAUUGGACUGAUGGGGUUUCCAGGAUCACGGGGUUUCCCAGGACCAAAGGGCUUUAAAGGAAUUACAGGUUUUCAAGGACAACCAGGUGACAAGGGUGACGUUGGCUUACCAGGAAUCCCUGGAAAUUCAGGACUGACUGGCCCAAAAGGAUCUAAAGGCAAGAGAGGUGACCCAACUCCUCUACUUGGUACACAUGGUCGAAAAGGGCCUCCUGGAGAUCCCGGAUUACCAGGACUCUGUGGAUUCCCAGGAGAGAAGGGUUCACCAGGUAUCCAAGGGCAACCUGGAAGACCAGGAUCCAAGGGUGACCCUGGAUACCCAGGAAUACCUGGAUUUCCAGGAGCUACAGGUCCUCAGGGAUUGCCAGGAGAACCUGGAGAAAAAGGGAAACAUGGAAUUUUGGGACCUCCAGGAUUGCAAGGAUUACCUGGAUCCCAAGGCAGAAAAGGUCUUCCUGGACUACCCGGACUGGAUGGCUUGGAUGGACUAAAAGGUCAAAAAGGUUCUGCAGGAGCUCCAGGUCAAAGUGAAACAGGGCCCCCAGGAUACUCAGGGGAACUUGGACCAAAAGGAGACAGAGGUGAACCUGGAUGGCCUGGUAUUUCUAUUCCAGGCCCCCCUGGAGAAAGGGGAUUCCCAGGACUCCCAGGUAGAAGAGGACCUGUUGGACCCACUGGACCUAUGGGAAGAUAUCCUGAUAGUGCUUCUCCUGGUCCUCCAGGUGAUCAAGGACCACCUGGUUUAGAUGGCAUCAGAGGUCAGCCUGGGAAUCCCGGUCCUCCUGGAGAGACUAUCUUUGUGCGAGGAGAUCCAGGUGAUACCGGUAUUCGAGGGGCACCAGGUAAUCCUGGGCAGCGAGGGCAACAAGGAGCCAGAGGUCUUCCAGGGAACCAAGGAAGAGGAGGCCCAAAGGGUCCUAUGGGAAUCCAUGGCCCACAGGGUCCACCUGGUGCUAUAGGACAACCAGGAGACCAAGGUUUUCAAGGAAAACCUGGUCCCAGAGGUCCCACAGGUUUUAUAGGUGACCCUGGUGAACCAGGAAAAAUAGAUGAUUCAUGCCCUACAAUCCCAGGGCUUCCUGGCGAAGCAGGGCAAAGAGGAGAUGAUGGCUCUGUAGGUUUACCAGGGCCAAUAGGCCACCCUGGACCCCAAGGAAGAAAAGGUGAAGAAGGGUCAUGUGGCCUGCCAGGUCAAGAUGGCUUACCUGGGGCACCUGGACCACCAGGUGACCAAGGGAAUAUAGGAGAGCAAGGAUACACUGGGCCACAAGGUCCACCUGGCCAGACUGGUAUCCCAGGACCACCAGGCCCCCAUAUUAGAUCUGCAAGUGGAUUCUUGCUCGUCCUUCACAGUCAGUCAGACAGAGAACCACUCUGUCCACAGGGGAUGCCAAAAUUAUGGACUGGCUAUAGUCUGCUAUACCUAGAAGGACAAGAGAAAGCUCAUAAUCAAGAUCUUGGUCUGGCAGGAUCUUGUCUUCCUGUGUUUAAUACCAUGCCCUUUGCUUACUGUAAUAUCAACCAAGUUUGUUACUAUGCCAGUCGAAAUGAUAAGUCUUACUGGUUGUCAAGCGCUGCUCCUUUACCAAUGAUGCCACUUUCUGAAGAAGAAAUACAACCAUAUAUAAGCAGAUGUGCUGUAUGUGAGGCCCCAGCCCAAGCGGUAGCAGUUCACAGCCAAGAUCAGUCAAUUCCUCCCUGCCCAAUGAACUGGAGGAGUCUUUGGAUAGGAUAUUCUUUUUUGAUGCACACUGGAUCUGGUGAUCAGGGUGGCGGACAGUCCCUUAUGUCACCUGGAAGUUGCCUAGAAGACUUCAGAUCAGCACCAUUCAUUGAAUGCCAGGGUCAGCGGGGAACAUGUCAAUUUUUUGCUAAUGAAUACAGUUUCUGGCUAACAACUGUGAUGCCCGAAUUGCAGUUUGCAUCAGCCCCCCUGUCAGGAACUCUUAAAGAAGGACAAGAGCAGAGGAAAAAAAUCAGUAGAUGCCAGGUAUGCCUGAAGCAUGGCUAACAAGCCAAACAAAACCGAACAGCUAGAGUGAGACUUGCGUAAGGAUGAACAACAUGCUAAAGGUUUAAACAGGAUUUAAUAUUUUAAUAUAUUUGAAAGUGUUCAGCACUGUUCUUUUUGUUUGAAUGGAUAUAUAAGACUGAAAGAUGAAAGAUCUGUUAAGCCUCAUCCACCCAUUACACACAUCUACAGGUAGUAAAAUCUAGUGUAAGUGACCUAAUUCAAAAGAAUGAAACUCUUACAUUGGAGUCCACUGCCAUAAUACACAGGUAACAAGGUGAGCUUGGAGGGUUGAAUCAAGUCGGGAAUACCAAGGGAACCACACCUGUUGUGCAAGACAAUGGAUUUCCUGUUAGAAAUGGCAUUUACAACGGGAAGAGUAUGUGCGUUUGUAUGGCAUAUUAUAAAUAUUUAUCCUUACAGGUACAGAUGUGCAAACAUACAAAUGUCUUAAAGCCCUGAAGUUGAAUUUUCCAAGCUAAAGAAACUUGCACAUGCUGUUUCUGAGGGAAGGGGAAAAUGUAAUUGUUAAACAUCAUAAUAAAAACAAUGAAGAUCAAAGUCUUUUACCAUUGCAGUACUGAAUCAAACUGUGAAAGAACUGUUAAUUGGGCGUUCGUAAGCAACAAAAAGUUGUAAAUCCGUUUAACAGCAGAUUAUGUGAGAAAAUAAAAUUAGCUGAGAUAACGAAUCCUUAAAAAGCUAUAUUUAUAUUUGCAAUUCAUUUCGAAGAGCAGUUAAAUUAAAUUAUUAAGCUCCAAUCCAAGUAACUGAAGAAACAAAGCAGUUUCUAGUAUUACUUGAAAAGAAACAGUAGCAUGGUGAUAAAAUGGGUGAACUUACCUGAGUGAUGAAUGUAAGAAGUGUUAGGACAAUUGCCUAAACUUGAAGCUAAUAAAUUUUGUUCAAUUUUUGCUUCUUUGUUUGUAAAUACACCACCAAAAAAAAAGAACCAUCACCUUUAAGAUCCUUAAGGAAUCAUAGCUCUAGAGAUGCUUUUUAUUUUUUAAAGCAUUGAUUGUUAAAAUGUUUGUAAGCUAAAGCACUCAUCACCUUUUGAAAAAGUUAAAACACAUUUAUACCUCCUUCAUUCAGCUAUAAAACCAGAACUAUUAAAUGCAUAUUUGAAUCAUGGUGAAACUACUGAAAACAGAUUGCAAAUGGAGAAUUCAUCAUGUACAGAACGGCCACAAAUGCUGCUUUUACCACUUAAAUAAACUACAUUUUACUAGAAUGGAAUAAAAUGUUUUUUUUCC